GCAUCAGUGCCACAGCAUCGUGCGCUUGCGAAGGGCAAGGAAAAAGGGACCUACUUAUUAUUAUUGCACCCUUCGCUGGUUUUUCCACGCGGGUUCGCAAAAUCAACCAACCUGCGGCUGCUGUUUAUUUCUUUUCUUGCCCGCUCGCACUUCAUGUGCCUCCUUUCUUGGGGCUUACUCACGUUCGCGUUUCGCUUUCGUAUGUAGAGCGCGCGUUUGGUGGUUGUGCAUCAAUUCCGCACCUAUGCACAGAGGACGACUUCGUGCCAAGAGAUGCGAAUCAUUGUGCAUAGAUUUACACACAGUAUUGCCCGUGUAACGACGAGACGGCAAACGGCGAAGAAACAGUGAUCAUUGAAACAGUCAUUUACUCCUCAAAGGAACAUCAAAUGUCCACCAAAUGUUAUCUCCCAACUCUGGCUAAGCCAAUGAUGAGGAAGUGAAACGUAUAAGUAUUAUCACCGAAAGAUGCCAUUGAGAGUGGUAUUUCCCGUAAUUGAGAUUCGUCCCUCGCCCAAAACUCAACUACACUAAACAGCUGUAUCGAAACAACGUUGGAUGAAAUCCUUGUGUCGAUCGAUGAAUUCGAUCGUCCUGCAUUCGUAGCAGCUGAAUCCAACCACGCGAACGCUAUGAGACGUAAUGUGAAAGUGUUUGGUAUUAUAUCCAUCACCUGGAUAGUGGUGGUCAUCUACUACUUCCAGGGCGACUACUACCACAAUGAUGGAAAUCGUGCGCUGAGGUUGCGUAGCAGCAAAGUGAAGCACUCCAUCUCAGACCACUACAAUGCGGGAGGUGCAGCACGCGAAGCUCUAACGCAUCACGACAAUGAACACCAGAGUCUGUUGAAACAUGCAGAGGGAAGUAAUGCCGUGUUCGUUGGCAGCAGUAGCAGUAGUACCAGUAGCAGUAACGGUCAUAGCCUCCAGAGUAGCAAUAGCAAUAGUAAUAGUAUUUUUAGUUACAAUUCGCCACCCAUGACAUGGGACUAUUUUGAUGAGGCCAGCUACAUCCAGAAGGGUGGCCUACAGCGGGGAGAGGAUCCCUACCUAAGGAAUCGCUUCAAUCAACAGGCGAGCGAUGGCUUAAAGAGCAAUCGGGAGCUGCCGGACACUCGUAAUGCGAUGUGCCGUCGAACGAGCUGGUCGGAUCUCACAACCAUCGCGCAUUUGCCAGCGACCAGUGUGAUCAUCACGUUUCACAACGAAGCCCGCAGCACGUUGCUGCGGACGGUGGUUAGCGUGCUGAACCGUUCGCCCGAGCGAUUGAUUCACGAGAUUAUUCUGGUCGAUGACUAUUCCGAUUUUCCCGAGGAUGGGCAAGAGUUGGCCAAAAUCCAGAAAGUACGGUUGAUAAGAAACAGUAAACGCGAGGGUUUGGUACGAUCGCGAGUAACAGGUGCAGCUGCCGCCACAGCUAAGGUGCUUACAUUCCUUGACAGCCACUGCGAGUGUAACGUGAACUGGCUCGAACCGUUGCUGGCUCGGGUAGCCGAGGAUCCAACACGCGUCGUUUGUCCGGUGAUCGACGUGAUCAGCAUGGAUACGUUCCAGUACAUAGGUGCAUCGGCCGAUCUACGUGGAGGGUUCGAUUGGAACCUGGUGUUCAAGUGGGAAUAUCUGAGUAAUGCUGAACGAAAAGCGAGACAACGCGAUCCCACUGCGCCCAUUCGAACGCCUAUGAUUGCGGGAGGGUUAUUCGUUAUUGAUAAAGCGUACUUCGAGCGUCUCGGCACCUACGAUACGCAAAUGGACAUCUGGGGCGGAGAAAAUCUCGAAAUUAGCUUCCGAGUGUGGCAGUGUGGAGGCUCACUGGAGAUUAUCCCCUGCAGCCGGGUAGGGCACGUAUUCCGCAAGCGCCAUCCAUACACGUUCCCCGGUGGAGGGAGUGGAAACAUUUUCGCCAAAAAUACCCGUCGCGCAGCAGAGGUGUGGAUGGACGAGUAUAAGAAGUACUACUAUGCUGCCGUUCCGCUCGCUACUAACAUUCCGUUCGGUGAUAUUGACGAUCGAUUGCAGCUGCGACGGGAUCUGCAGUGUAAGCCGUUCCGAUGGUAUCUAGAGCAUGUCUAUCCGCAGUUAGGCAUACCGGAACGGCGCAACAAUGGUAGCAUACGGCAGGGCGUUUACUGCCUUGAUAGUCUAGGCAAUGUGGCUGGUGCGGUCGUCGGAUUGUACACAUGCCACGGGAACGGUGGUAAUCAGAACUGGAUACUCAACAGAAAAGGGGAGCUAAAGCAUCAUGAUCUCUGCCUGACGCUGGUUAAAUUCACAAUCAGCGCACGAUUUAAUAGCGUGCUGAUGAAGUAUUGUGACGAAUCGGAAAAUCAGCAGUGGCACCUGAAGGAUGGUGGACUAAUACAGCACCGUAAGAUCAAUGUUUGUCUCGAUUCGCGACACAUGAAGGAACGAGGCAUCACGGCCGAACGAUGCAAUUCUGCACUAGAAUCGCAACACUGGAAGGUUGUAACGGAGGCGCAGUAAGUUAUCGUAGCGAAGAGGCAAAUUUUCUUACCUAGCCCGUCAAUGUUUCGCCGACACCAGACAGUCAGUGCAGAUGUGUUCUCGUGUUCUUUGUUGUUAUAUACAUACAUUCUAUUCAGCAACUCCUGAUAUGCAGAUAUUAGAUAGUACGAAAGCGUAGCAUUGUGACACUAUAGAGUUUAAGAAGUGAGAAGGUAAGGCGUGAAUCGUUUCAAAUUUUGCAUCAACGUAGAUUCACGCAACUGCAAAGGUACACCUUCCCUUGCACAACCACGCGUACACCAAGGCAAAACGUAAUUUAAGAAAACCGACUUCGAAUUCUCGCUGUAACGACGCAAAUGCAACUUUUUUAUUGUAUUUCCAAAUUAUUUUUUUGUUAUAAAACAGAGAUAAAAGCUAAAAAACGAUCAGUAAAACAUUCAGGAAUAGUUUUGUCCUGUAUGAAACACGUUAAUAGAAGCGUUUUGGUUGUUAGU